CUUGCAAAACCGCUACUACAUUUUUCUUAAGCGAUCCGGCCAUGACGCCACGCGAAAAAGAAUUAGUCAAGAGUAUUCCUGAGAUGGAAAUGAUAUCAGUAAUGUUGGGCAAGUGUAAAGUAUCAGCACCAAAUAUUGAACAAUCUAAAAAAGCGGCGAAAAAACGAAAAGAAACAAAUAAAGAG